AUGCCUGAGGAGGUUUUGUGGAUCGAUAACGGAAUUGUUCUGUUUGAUUCUGUACCGAGUCGACUGAAUUUGGCAUCCCUGAUUGUGAAGUGCUCGGUUCACUCUCAUUAUGGUGCUCCUCACCUGUGGUCUGUGGUUGGCUCUGCUAUCACUUUCCACUUUGUCGUAAUCGUGGAUGAAACAUGUCAAGUAAACGACCAACGUGGAUCCCAAACUGCCAAAUCCAAACUAUUUUCUGCAGACGCGGGAGGGAAACGGCUCAUGAGGAGGGUAAAGAAAGUGCAUGUAGCCUGGUUGUUAGCUGUUUGUUUCGUCGUCUACUUAUUUUUCGCUGUUCUGCGUAUUCACCAACGCACAACUGAUAGGACUGCCUCUUCUUUAAUUUGGAGAUUGAGAUUGAAUGAAUGGAAAAUUAACAAACCCGCUGAAGAAAGAUCUUUACCAGAAAGCGUCCAUAAAAAAUGGUCACGCACGAUGGGAACUACCGAAGCAAAUAGGUCGCUAUUGAAGGAUACGUCAGAAUUCUUAUUUCAAAUAAGUUCAAAGAACAUUUCUUUCUACGGUGAAGAAGUUCUCAAUCUAGCAAAUAUUACUCUGGCUGAGAGGAUGAAGUGCACCAUCGACAAGAAAGCACGAAAGCGACUAAUCCUUCUGUGGGAGCUUGGUAUACGAGGGAGCCUAAGCGGCUGCCCCGAUUGGAAGUGUGAACUUACAACAGAUCGGGAGAAAAUCCACAUUGCUGACGCUAUUUUGCUCCACGCCCCACUUCCAAUUUAUCGCCAUCCGGAUCAGUACCUCGUUUUCUACAGUCAGGAGUCACCACAAACACAGAUGUUUUUUGACGACUACUCCAAUGACAUGUUCAACAUGUCCCUUGGUUUUCGUCAUGACUCUCCUGUAACGUCUCCAUAUGGUUAUGCUGUAAAGCUAGCGGAAAGGUCGAAAGCGCAAACUAUCGAUGAGGUGAUUUGA